GCAAACUGCGUCCUAUUUUAUGCAUCAGCAGACAAGAUAAAAUAAAAACAAAUUAGAAAUUGAUGUGAAAUCUUCAAUAAGCUACUGUUUAGAUGCAUUAAUUAAACAGCCGUUUUCUUUAGAAAAUUAGGCAGUGACUUCAACCAUAGAGCCAAACAGAAUUCGGCCAAAUCUCUCCAUGCUUGAAAAACUUUUCUUCCUCUUCCAUGGACCUAAUCAAAGAUAGCCCCAAAAAGAAACAGCCCAAAAUAAGCUACUUUCUGAGAUGCUAUGGAUUUUCCAUUAAUCAAGAAAAACUAUCUUCUGAUAAAGUCAAGAGAAAACAGAGCUCCUGCUUCUCUUUUAAGAUAUUUCAAAGAAAACAAUCACCGACUAAAACUGUUCCAAUUGACACCGCCACCGCCGCCGUCAAGGUUGGAGCUGAGAAGUUGAACACAAGUGGAGAUAUUCAUGUGGUGAAGUUGGAGAAGAAGGUUUCUGUUAAAAGACAGCAGCUGCCGACUGCAACUACUGUUAACGUGCCUGAUCAGGUGCCGGUUACCGGUCAAACCAUCCAUUUUAACAGGUUUAAUAAGACCAAGUACGAUAAGCAUCAGGACAUCAUCCUCGGGAACAGCAAAAAGUUGGAUGACUUGCAACAUUCCUCGUACCAAAAUGGAUUAAUCAGAAGCUUUACUGUUACAAAUAGUGAUAAUGCAAGCAACCUUGUAAUUGGUUCACCACAAGACAAGCAUGAGAUCAGCCGAACAGUUUCUCUGACGCCACAAAAGCUGAACAAGCAACCAACGCCAACGCCAACCAACAGAGACAAAGUUGAUGAAGGAAAAGACACGACAUUUAAUAAAGGCCACUUUGACUACGUUAUCGGGAUGUCAAUACUAAUGGUGACACUAAUUAUAAUGUUGUUUUGGGGCAAGUUUUGUGCCAUUGUUUGUACCUCUGCAUGGUUUUAUUUUCUCCCUAGAUUUCGUGCCAAGCAUGAGCUGGUAAUUAAUGGUGGCAACCUCGAUGUGAAUUCGAAGGAAUAUAAGAAGAAGGUGGUGUUGAAUGGGUUUCUUGAGAGAAACCAUCGAAAUUAUGUUGGAUCUUAAUGGUUUUGGAUUUGUAUCUGCUUUCCGUUUUCGGGGUAUUGUAUGUUUUUCCCAAAAUCCUUUUCAUUU